UCUCAAUUCAUACAGCUAUCUUUUCCUGCUUAGUUUAUUUAAUUAAUGUAUUUUAGGGCUUAUGCUGUUGUGAAUUCAUUUUUCUUUUAACAACUUUUGGGGGUUUGUGAAGAUUGGAGGGUCAUGAGAAAUUGUUGAGUUCACACAACUAUUAGUUGAGUGAUCGUAUGAGAAAUCAAUGUGGUAUGUUGUUCACUUAUUAUCUUUGAUUCUGAACUUUAAUUAGAUACUAUUAUAGUUAACCUAUUCAGCAUCUAAUUAGGAAUAGAAGAAUCAUUAUUGGUGAUAUGUAAAUAUCCGAUCAAAGUUAAGUUACACAGCUUAUCAGGCACACCUCAAUCCAAACUAGUUGGGAUUGUUCAAUCGCCAUCAAUUUGGUGAUUCGUGUUGGAUUGUAAAGUGUUUUGGUUAUUUUGGAGAAUUAUACAUGUAAUUAGUUUGAUGCUCCAUUCAUAUGUUUUGAUUUUACAUGUUGGUAGUAAUACAUUGAGCACAUAGUUGUUCCAGCUGAAAUACUUGGAAUAAUUCUACCACUUCUACUAGGAGUAGCCUUCGCGGAAGCCUGAAGUAAUGACUUGUGUGCAACAUCGAAAGAGUUGUGAUGUAGUGGGUUAUUUUUACCUCUAGCAGUGGUUUGAAAUUGAUACUUAUAGAAUUUAUUUCACCAAGUAGUAGUGUCUUUGGCAUCCUUGACUUCGGCGUCCUUUCAGGUGCAGUUGUCGUAGAAUUUAGGUAAUUCAGAAGGACUAAACGUACUUAUGAAAGGGAAAACUUUGGAAAGAAUAGCUACAUAAAAUUCUUCGUUUGUGGUAAUAAAGGAGCAAUGAGUUUUGCUGGAUACAAAGAAUUAGUGUAUCCAUAAAUGUCAAAUUGAUAAAUGACUGUUUUUUGAAGGAUUUUAGCGGACUCUGUAAUGACAUGAUAGAUGAAGUUACAAUACAUAAAUAAAACUAAAAUAGGAUGAUUGAGGUAGAGUACCACGAGAAUGCUAUACAAUAUGAAGAUACUUAAUAUUGACAAAGGAAAGUUUAUGCUAUAAUUGUGAGACCAACAAUGUUACAGGAAAAGUGAAUAGAGGCCUAACAUAAAAGUAUCUAUGCUCUCGAUGGAGGCAAAGCGCCAUGUGAGUUAUCUGCCCAAGUCUUGGUGGAUAAAGUUGCCCGGUACCCUGUGCUGGUGAAAGUCGGGGAUAAUGGUCCAGCUCUCUACCCUUCUCCACUUAAUAACGCAGCUUAGUUAGCAUGGUGCAAGGUUCGAACCUCUGACGGUCAGAAGUUCUUCAACCUUUGCCACUUAAAACUAAGUCCUUGGUACAGAAUAAUAAAUCUGUCUUUGUAUGCUAUUAAUAUCUAUAUGUCAUUGGUUCACCGUGCUCUAGAAAAAUUGAUAUUCGAUAUGUUCCAAAUAGACAGGGCCAACUCACUUGUGUGCUACAUUUUUGGGAUUAGCGGAUCUAUAUGUUGUAUAUGCCAAUAUACUUGUACUUCACUCCCAUCCUAAAUGUCGUACUUUGUUGUUUUCACUUCAAAUAGAUCCUUUCAGUUUGAAUGGGUAUACCUAAGGAUGAUAUGUCACAAUCCAAUCAAAAAGAUAGUUCCCUUUCUAAUGUACCGGAGAAAGAUGCAGAAAAUGUGCAUCAGAAAAAGGGUCUCGAGAGUGAGGGUGGUGCAUCCGAAUCUAGUCGAGUUUCUGUACUACCGAAGAAGGAACCAUACAUUAUAUCUUGUAAAUCAGAUUCUCCUGUAAAAGAUGGAAACAUAUCCCUAGUACCUGGAAAGGCUUCAGAUUCUUCACAACAAAUACAAAGUCAGAAAAUGGAAGAAGUUGUUUCUCAACCUCAUCAAGAACAAGUUACUUCUUCACCAAUGGCUGAGAAUGCUUUGUGUAAGUUACAAUCUAGGCGGAACCCUGAUACGAGUGUCCAGGAUUUGCCAUCUGAUCAAGGAGUCACUCCCUUCAGUGAACCUGAAAAACCAUCUGAAGAUGGAUAUAACUGGCGAAAAUAUGGUCAGAAACUUGUUAGAGGAAAUGAGUUCACUCGGAGUUAUUACAAGUGCACGCGCCUUAAUUGUCUAGCAAAAAAACAAGUGGAGAGAUCACAAGAUGGUCAUAUAACCAAUAUUCACUAUAUAGCAACGCAUGAACAUCCAAAACCUCUAAGUAGUCCCCAAAUCUCCCCUGAGCUUGUAGUGCCUUCUGAAACGAGACGACCAGACAUGUCAACGGGAACACCACAUGAAGGUGAGAAAUCUACUGCACUUGGUGAAGCAUGUCAAUCUAUCGUACCAUCGGAGAGCCUGAGUUCAGCGACUGUUGUAUCAGCUGGUGGUAGUUCACAAGAUACAGUCCUGAAGCCACUUAAACCAGGAGAUGAGGGUGAUAAUAAUGGUGGUCGCAACUCAAAGAGACGGAAGAAAGAAGUACCUACGAGUGAUGACAUGACUCCACCUAUGAAGUCUCCUAGUGAAUCACGACACAUUGUUCAAACUAGCAGUGAAGUGGAUGUAGUCAAUGAUGGUUACCGGUGGCGUAAAUACGGGCAAAAAUUUGUGAAAGGAAAUCCAAAUCCUAGGAGUUACUACCGAUGCUCGAGUGCUGGUUGCCCUGCAAAGAAGCAUGUGGAGAGGUCAUCCCAUAAUCCAAAAUCAGUGAUUACAGUAUAUGAAGGGCAGCAUGACCAUGACAUCCCACCUUCCAGAACUGUUAUCCAAAAUACAGCAGAGGCUGAUUCUAAUACAACAAGAAUAAGUGGAGAGUCCACAUCUGAAUCAGGUGAAAACAAACAUGUUGUCCAUAUUGGUGCAAGUUGAGAGCAUAAUGCCAAACAAUCAAACUCAAUACAGAUUUAGAUAAUGUUACAUCAUCAAGUUAUCUAAUCUUAUCUUUUUUCUUAUUUGUUGUAAUUGGUCAAUUGUUCUCCACUUGUAGGAGAAAAAAGAAAGGAUAAAUAUAUAUGUAUUAUAGAAACAGCUGAUUUAACCUCAUAAUUGGUGUGAAUUCCUAUACUUAAAUGUAUAAGUUGUGUUAAUAAUAAAUUUAAGAGAGUUCAGAUUGAUAA